GAGUCAAGCCCGAGUCACAUCAUCGGCUUUUGGUUUUCUUCUUCCUUUGCAUAAACUCCCCGAAAGACGCAACCUUUUUUGUUUUCUCUCCACGAAUCUCACAGAGAUGAACGCCGCCAUUAGAGCUGCGAUUCAAAGACCGCAGAGCUUAGCUUCUCACCUGAAAACCGCGCUUUUUCAUUCAACCCCAGUCUUGGAACGCAAACGCCGCACUUCCUGGGAAUCGAGAGCAUAUGUUCACAAGAAGAGGAACAGAAGAAUGAGGGAGAAGCAAGAGUUAUUGCGUAAUGUGAAUGCUUUUGCAGCAAACAUGUUUACGAGUUGGCAUGAUGAGUAUGAUGAUGAUGAUGAGCCAUCCUCAAGGAAGCAAAACUCGUGGUACAAAAAAAACUACGCCAAGGAACCUAAAGGGAAAGGGAAGGGCAAACACGGCUCCCAGAGUUGGGGUCCAAGGAACUUUGAUUUUUGCGAAGCUGAUGAUGACUUUGACAUUGACUAUGUAUUCCGAACUGCUUUUGGUGGAUCCCGAGGUUUCUCCUUUUCAUUCACCUAUGAAGAGGAGGAUGAACCUCGAUGGGGUCGGCAUCACUCUUCAAAGUUUUCCAAUAACUCUAAGAGGUCUUGGAGAUCGAAACAUCGAAUAUACGAAGAUGAAGAUGAUGAAGAAGAUGGCUAUACUUCAACAGAAUCCAGUGACUCUGAGUCUGAGCCAAACCUAGCUUCUCAUAGACAAGCUCUUGGCCUGAGUCCUUCAGGUCCAUUAAACCUCAAAGACGUCAAAAAUGCAUUUCGAACUUGCGCUUUAAAAUGGCAUCCAGAUCGUCAUCAAGGCUCUACCAAGGAGGCGGCUGAAGCAAAGUUCAAGCUCUGCAGUGUGGCUUAUGAUUCUUUAUGCGAAAAGCUGGCGGUGAACUGAAGAUGAAAGAGUUUAGAUAGUGUUUGAUUAGAUACUUUCAUACCAAUAAUAUCCAAAGUGUUUCAUUUAAAAAGCUUAUCCUAAAGGCAUAACACCACUACUACAGGAUCCAAGCAAUUACCUUUGUUCUGUCAAUCUCUUAUUAUUGAACUUUCUAAAAUUUAGAACCUAAUAGUGAUUGUAUCACAUCUCUUACUCCUGCGUCUAUGUCUUAACCGGUUUAAUUUGGUCAGAGACCAAGUCAAAGUAAACCGGUUUUCUUGUCUUCAACAAGUGAACUCUCA